AUGCGCGCAUUCAUGGUACUCGCCUGCGUGGCGCUGGCAUAUGGCCGGCCUGAACCCCCAGUUGGUUACAGCUACUCGGCCCCAACCAGGCACUCCGCCCCCUCUGGAAGCUACGGAGCGCCUUCCCUAGGAGGUGGUCGUCUUUCCCUCGGUGGACAUUCUGGUGGACUCUCCUUCGGCGGCGGUCACUCUUCCGGUGGUCUUUCUCUGGGCGGUGGUCACUCUUCUGGUGGCCAUUCCCUGGGCGGUGGUUACUCCUCCGGUGGCAUUUCUCUGGGCGCUCACUCCCUAGGAGGUGGACACUCAUCUGGUGGAAUCUCCCUCGGAAGCAGCUUGGGUGGUGACUCCGGUUUCGGCGGUGGAUACGCCGGUGGUUACUCUGGCGCUCCUCUGGUUCAGAAGCACAUCUACGUCCACGUUCCUCCCCCAGAACCUCAGGAACACAGAGCUCCUCGCAUCCCUGCCGUAGCUCCCCCUCAGAAGCACUACAAGAUCAUCUUCAUCAAGGCCCCGACUCCCCCCACCCCCACCGCCCCCAUCAUUCCCCUGCAGCCUCAGAACGAAGAAAAAACCCUCGUUUACGUGUUGGUCAAGAAGCCCGAGGAGCAACCCGACAUCGUCAUCCCCACCCCGGCGCCCACUCAGCCUUCCAAGCCCGAAGUUUACUUCAUCAAAUACCAGACCCAGAAAGAGUCCGGUGGUCUCGGCGGUGGUGCUAUCGGUGGUGGCGCUCUCGGCGGCGGUGCUCUUGGCGGUGGAUCCCUCGGCGGCGGUGACCUCAGCGGUGGCGUAUCCCUCGGUGCUACCCUCGGCUCUGGCUCUGGUUCCGGAUCUCAUGGCGGAGCUGAGAUCAGCGCUGACUUCGGCACCAGCGGUGGUGACGACAGCGGCAGCGAUGGCGGCCACGGUGGCGCCACCAGCACUCAAUACGGUCCCCCUGGCCACGUUGCUGGCCCUCUUCAUUAA